AUGAACGUGCCGCAAAUGGCGCGGAGCGCGCACAUUGGACAAAACGUCGACGGGGUCAUGAUGGAUAGCACGGACGGCCAUCGCCUGCCACCGGCGCCGGCGCUCAACGAGGCCGACGAGUACGAAGCCAGCACGAAGGCCAUGAACAACUUCAACCAGGCGCUCAAGCGGCUCAGCGACAACCUCGAAGAGAUGACGCAGUCCAUCGAGCAGACCAACACGAUCACAUCGGCGUGGCUUAGCCUCUGGCACACCAAGUAGCCCGUGUCACUCGAUUUCUACAAUAACGUUUUGUGUGUCUUCCUA